AUGGUUCCGGCGCGGAGCGCCCUCCGUACGGCGGCAAGACCGCAGGCCGUUCCCUCAGUGGUUGUCCCUGCUCCCUCGCUGGCUCUUUUCGGGCGACGAGGCUAUGCAUCGCAGUCGGAGGAACAUGAUCUGGUCAUUAUCGGAGGUGGUGUCGCUGGAUACGUCGCCGCCAUCAAGGCUGGACAAGAGGGCUUGAAGACUGCUUGCAUUGAGAAGCGCGGCACUCUUGGUGGCACCUGCUUGAACGUCGGAUGUAUUCCCUCGAAAUCUCUGUUGAACAACUCCCACCUUUACCACCAGAUUCUGCACGACACGAAAAAGCGCGGUAUCGAGGUUGGCGAUGUCAAACUCAACUUGGAGCAGAUGAUGAAGGCCAAGGACACUUCCGUCGAUGGUCUCACGAAAGGUGUCGAGUUUCUUUUGAAGAAGAACGGUGUCGACUACGUCAAGGGAACUGGAAGCUUCGUCAGUGAGAAUGAAGUCAAGGUCAACCUGCUUGAGGGCGGCGAGCGCACUCUUCGCGGAAAGAACAUAAUCAUUGCCACCGGUAGCGAAUCCACGCCAUUCCCUGGCCUUGAGGUCGAUGAGAAGAGAAUCAUCACCAGCACCGGCGCCUUGGCCCUGACUGAGGUUCCCAAGAAGCUGGUGGUUAUUGGAGGCGGUAUCAUUGGGUUGGAAAUGGCCUCCGUCUGGAGCCGGUUAGGAUCCGAAGUCACCGUUGUCGAAUUCCUCGGCCAGAUCGGUGGUCCAGGCAUGGACGCCGAGAUUGCCAAGGCAGCCCAGAAGAUUCUUGCUAAGCAGGGCAUCAAAUUCCUUACCAACACCAAAGUCACCAGCGGUGACGUCAGUGGUUCGACCGUCGCCCUCAACGUUGAAGCCUCCAAGGGAGGCAAGGAACAGACCCUGGAUGCCGAUGCCGUCUUGGUUGCCAUUGGCCGCCGCCCAUACACCGCCGGAUUGGGAUUGGAGAACGUUGGCCUUGAGGCUGACGACAAGGGACGCCUGGUUAUUGACCAAGAGUACCGCACAAAGACCUCUCACAUCCGCGUCAUUGGUGACUGCACAUUCGGUCCUAUGCUCGCACACAAGGCUGAAGAGGAGGCUGUUGCCGCCAUUGAAUACAUCACCAAGGGCCAUGGCCACGUCAACUACGCUGCCAUUCCCAGCGUCAUGUACACUCACCCUGAGGUCGCCUGGGUCGGACAGAACGAGGAGGAGCUGAAGAAGGCCGGCAUCAAGUACAAGAAGGGAACAUUCCCAUUCUCGGCCAACAGCCGUGCCAAGACUAACUUGGAAACGGAAGGAUUGGUCAAAUUUCUUUCUGAUGCCGAGACAGACCGCAUCCUGGGUGUCCACAUCCUGGGCUCCAACGCCGGAGAGAUGGUUGCCGAGGCCACUCUCGCCGUCGAAUACGGCGCAUCCAGCGAAGACGUCGCUCGCACAUGUCACGCCCACCCGACCCUGGCCGAGGCCUUCAAGGAGGCUGCCAUGGCCACCUACUCCAAGGCCAUCCACUUUUAG